AUGAAAUUCAAUAAAAAUGAGGAAAAGGUUUCUACAUUAAUAAAUCCUCCUGAGUUAACUAGUGUAACGCAAAAUAAGCACUCGUGUAACUUCAUUUCUACUGCUGCAAUACAUGAACAAGAAGGAGGAAAACAAGAAUCUGCGCAACUAAAAACACUAACAAAAAAGCAACUCAUAGAGACAAAUAAGAAUAUAUAUAGACGCGAUGCCAAGAAGAAACAAUUAAGCGACACGUUUCUGCGAAAAUUAAAUAGUUCCUUUCCACACAUACAGGGGCGCACUGUCGAUAACUGUACGCGUCUUAUCUCCGAGAUUAAACUACGUCACGAUGUCCAGUAUUUUGUGUUUCGAUAUAGUUAUGAACCAUCACCUAUAGAUGUCACUUUAUUAUCGCAUCUUACUCUUAACAGGGGAGUACAUAGAAUUGCAAAGAUUCUUGCACAAUGGCCUGGACCAGCAAGUAUAUCUGUUUUUGGAACAGAUGGCGAGAUUAAAAACUUCCUAAAUGUAGCACACUCUUGGAAAAGAAACAAUGUUGGGAUACAUGUAGUAUAUCAACGGAAUGCAACACACUAUCCAGUUAACUUCAUGAGAAAUAUUGCUCUCUAUGGCGCCCAUACUUCCCAUAUUUGGAUGAUUGAUGCCGACUUUACUCCAAAUAAGGAUGCAUACCAACUCAUAAGGAGACAUAUACGCCAAUGCGACUGGAAUUCAGCCCGACCGGCAUUGGUUACACCAGCAUUUGAGACGAACCUAACUGAGGGUGGAGUGCCCGAUAAUAAAAUUCAACUGUUGGAGAAACUGAACGAAAGGAAUAGUGCAAUACAUACAUUUAGGUAUGAGUUCUAUGUGUUACCAGAUGUCUUCAUAGUUCACGAGCCCCACAAACGGAUACUUCAGCCAGAUACUGAACAAAUGUGUUUGAACCAAAUUGGACAUCUUAUAAAAAUGGAAAUACUGGCCAAAAGGAGAUAUCACAUGAUCACAAAACAUAAAAGUGGAAAAGUAAAACACAUAAACAUUCCAAAUAUUCCUGAAAUUUACUCCGUUUAA